AUGGCUCAUACGCGGGAACUCGCCGUCAACAAACGCAUCAUUGUCUGCUGCGAUGGAACGUGGUUAGCAUCAGAUCUAGGAGAUGGAAGCAUAGCUUCAAAUGUGGCCAAACUCGCAAGAGCCAUUUCUCCCAACGGACUGGACGAAGCGGGACGACUCAUCAAGCAAGUGGUGUUCUACCAGUCUGGCAUUGGCUCCGGAGACUUGCCUUUCCAGAAAGCAAUCUAUGGUGGGUUAGGACUUGGACUAGAUGCCGAUGUUACACAAUGCUACGAGUUCAUCACCAACAACUACGCGCCGGGCGACGAGCUAUUCUUUUUUGGAUUCUCACGAGGAGCAUUUACCGCACGCUCUGUCGCAGGACUGAUUUCUAAUGUCGGUGUUUUGUCAAGUCGCAACAUGGUCAAGUUCCCCGAGUUGUGGAAAGCGUACCGUAUGAACGCUGGUGGCCAGCUAUUCCGGUCAUCAAAGUGGUAUCUUGAGAAUGCAGAAAAGCUCGGUCUGAGAGUUGUUCAAAUCAAGGCCAUUGGCGUGUGGGAGACUGUCGGUGCUCUGGGUAUACCGGAAUGGCCGCUCGUCAGCAAAUUACAAUCCUUGGGUUUGCCAAUCAACAAAGAGUUUGCAUUUCAUGACACUGCUCUUUCUGAAAAUAUUGAGUAUGCGUUUCAAGCUCUUGCAAUCGACGAGAAACGCUUUACUUUUCCUCCAACCAUUUGGCACGCUUUACCAGGAGGGCCUUCCAAGGAGCUGAAGCAGUGCUGGUUUCCUGGGGUGCACAGUAACAUCAGUGGUGGCGUGGCAUCUGAGCCUGGUGCAGGCGAUCACGAAGAGAUUGGAGACAAUACUUUUGCUUGGAUGGUGGACAACGUUUCCAAUAUGCUUACGUUUGAGGAGUCCUCGAUCGAUGCAAUUGUCGAACAUCACAAAACUGCCAUUGAAGCAAUUAAAGUGAAAGAUGGGUGGGGAUGUGGAAAGAUUGUCGACAACUUUGCCGGAAUCCAAGGCCUUUUCUUCCGUCUACUCGGACGACAGAUUCGCACCCCAGGCGCCUAUACUCAAGACCCCGGUGAUGGUUCUCGAGGUGCCACAAACGAGAAAUUCCACCCAAUAGUUCGAGUGCGCAAAGCAAAGGUCGCAUGGAAUCCGCCGGCGCUGGCAGGUUAUAAUCUCGAUGAGCCUGAUGGCAAGGGGUCACCUUGGGUGUGGCGAAAGGAUGGUGUACAGCCUCUUCCUGAAUAUGUCAUGUGGCCUGAUAAACGGAUGAGUGUUUCUUAUUGCAGGGAUGGUCAGAUCGAAUACAAGACUGUGAAAAGUCUGUCGAGAAGACUUUGUCCAAGCAGUAUAUUGCAAGAGUUGGACGAAACGAAUGCGAUUGUGCUGGUCAAUGGGGAGGCCUGA